AUCGCCUGCCAACACAAGGAAUUAUCACUGGAAUCGGAUUCUCUUUAAAGGGGCACACAACACAUUACCAGUUUAUUUAAACAGCUUGUUUCUGAGUUUACCUGUAAAUACAGCCUAUCGUAAUGUCUGAGACACACAAUACUUUAAUAUACCGUCUGGAAAAAGUGCUGCGGGAAGAAAGUCUUUCGUUUUGUUCUGCUGCUACAGACUGGAAGCUGUUACCCGCAGGACUGAGACCUGACAUCUCCUGUGGGACUUAAAAAAAAAACAAACCCUGUUGUUCUAGUGCUUAAACAGGCUUGUGUGUGUGCUGUGUAAAUCUGAGGUGUACUUUGUGUAUUGUCUUGUCAUUAUGCGUUUAUAUUAUUUUUAUUUUUGAAACCUGUAACCUGCUGCUGUUAUUUCUAGCACGCCUUUGUAAACGAGCUACUUGUAGCUCACAUGGCCUUCCUAAAUAAAGAAUUAAAAAUCAAAUAAAUAAAUAAUAAAGAGCGCGUCACGUUUACGGUUAUAACCGCACUGAAAUAUACUGGCUUUAAAACAAGAAAAGACAACCGAUGCAGCUGCGCAGCAGAGACAAGAGAACGAGGCAAGCGCGUUUAUUGUUUGGAAAGUAACUGUAAUGUUAUUACUGCCAUUAAAAGCUAAACGCGUUAUAUUAUCUCGUUAUUGACUAAAGUAAUAUUAUUACAGUAAGGCGUUACUAAAGUAACGAGAUGCCGUUCAAACCGUCAUCACAAACAUACGUGUAACAGAACAUUCCUUAAUUUUACAUGUUAUAGAUCUGGGGCUAAAACACAAAGUCAGACUCUUCAGCCCUGAUAUUAAACAGUUGUUAAUAUCAGUUGUUUCAUUCCUAAUCUUAACAUUGUAAUAUUUGUUGGGGGAUUUAGAAACAGUUUCAUAGAAUAUCUGAUUCGGCAGUUUCUGCUCCCCCUGCUUGUCUAAACCUGGCCUCAGUCCCAAACCCCGCCUCUCAGAGCUUUACACAACUCCAGGAAAUCAGCGCAGUGAAGUUUCGUUUCUUGUGAAAUCGUCAGUCUCUCUGUCUCUCUGCAGCAGAAAUGGCAGAAGCGAAUAUUCUGUUAGCGCAUGACCAGUUUAGCUGUUCAGUGUGUCUGGAGAUAUUGAAGGACCCAGUCACUAUUCCAUGUGGACACAGUUACUGUAUGGGGUGUAUUAAGAACUGCUGGGAUCAGACUGAUCAUACAGGUGUCUACAGCUGCCCCCAGUGCAGAGAGACCUUUACCCCAAGGCCUGUUCUGGGCAGAAACACCAUGCUGGCUGAAGUUGUGGAGAAAUUAAAGCAGACAGGACUCAAUCCUCCUCCUGCUCAAAGUUAUGCUGGACCUGGAGAUGUGCCGUGUGAUUUCUGCACUGGGAGAAAGUUCAAAGCUGUGAAAUCCUGUUUGAUGUGCCUGGCCUCUUACUGUGAAACACACGUCAAGCCACACAGUGAGGUUACUCCAUUAAAGAGGCACAAGCUGGUCAAUGCAAUUGGAAAUCUGGAGCAGAAGCUUUGUGCUGAACACCAAAAUGUUUUGGAGGGGUUCUGUAGAACCGAUCAGACGUGUAUUUGCUGGCUGUGUGCAGAAAAGGAACACAAGAGCCAUGAUAUAGUCUCAGUUGAGACAGGGAAACAGAAGCAGCUGGGAAAGACACAGACAGAAAUACAACAGAGAAUCCAUGACAGACAGAAAGAAAUUGAGGAGCUGAAACAGGCUGUGGAGUCACUGAAAAGAUCUGCAUGCAUAGAAAUAAAGGAAAGUGAGAAGAUCUUUACUGAGCUGAUCCGAUCCAUUGAGAAGAUCCACACUGAGGUUAUUGAGCUGAUUGGAGCUAACGAGAAGGCUGCAGUGAAUCAGGCUGAAGGACGCAUGAAGAAACUGGAGCAGGAGAUUGCUGAGCUAAGGAGGAGAAACGCUGAGCUGAAACAGCUUACAGAGACAGAGGAUCACAUCCAUUUUCUACAGAAUUUCCAGUCUCUCUGUGCCCCUCCUGAAGCUGGAGACUUACCCACCGUUACUGUCAAUACAGACAUCUCUUUUGGGGCUGUGAGGAAAGCUGUAUCUAAACUUAAAGACCAUAUUGUGGACUUCUGCAAGCGGGAAUUAGUCAAAAUAACCAAAAGAGUGAAUGAAACAGCAGUUUAUACCCUGGGGUCUAGGAGCAGUGACAGACGUUUAAAAGCAGCUCAUCCCUCUCAGGGUCUUGGCACGGCAGCACUGCUUUCUGUUCUGGGUAUGAAUUCGACAGCACCUCCUUCCUCUAUGGGUGUGAAGACGACAGCAGCUCCUUCCUCUCUGAGUUAUGGGGCAGCAGCAGCUCCUUCCUUUUGGAAUUUCGGGGUGGCAGUGGCUCCUUCCUCUCUGGGUGUGAAUACAACAGCAGCUCCUUCCUAUCAGUGUUUCGGUGUGGCAGCAACUCCAUCCUCUCUGGGUGUGAAUACAACAGCAGCUCCUUCCUAUCAGGGUUUCGGGGUGGCAGCAGCUCCAUCCUCUCUGGGUGUGAAGACGACAGCAGCUCCUUCCUCUCGGGGUGUGAAGACGACAGCAGCUCCUUCCUCUCGGGGUGUGAAGAUGAGAGCAGCUCCAUCCUCUCUGGGUGUGAAGAUGAGAGCAGCUCCAUCCUCUCGGGGUGUGAAGAUGACAGCAGCUCCUUCCUCUCUGGGUGUGAAGACGACAGCAGCACCUUCCUUCUUCUCUGAGUUAUUGGGCAUAACAGCAGCAGCUCCUUCCUCUCUGGGUUAUGGGGCGGCAGCAGCUCCUUCCUCUUGGUGUUUCGGGGUGGCAGCAGCUCCUUCCUCUCUGGGUGUGAAGACGACAGCAGCUCCUUUCUCUCUGGGUGUGAAUUCGACAGCAGCUCCUUCCUCUCUGGGUGUGAUUUCGACAGCAACACCUUCCUUCCUGGGUGUGAAUUUGACAGCAGCUCCUUCCUCUCUGGGUGUGAAGACGACAGCAGCACCUUCCUUCUUCUCUGAGUUAUUGGGCAUAACAGCAGCAGCUCCUUCCUCUCUGGGUGCGAAGACGACAGCAGCUCCUUCCUCUCUGGGUGUGAAUUCGACAGCAGCUCCUUCCUCUCUGGGUGUGAAUUCGACAGCAGCUCCUUCCUCUCUCGGUGUGAAUUCGACAGCAGCUCCUUUCUCUCUGGGUGUGAAUUCGACAGCAGCUCCUUCCGCUCUGGGUGUGAAUUUGACAGCAGCUCCUUCCUCUCUGAGUUAUGGGGCAGCAGCAGCUCCUUCCUCUUGGUGUUUCGGGGUGGCAGCAGCUCCUUCCUCUCUGGGUGUGAAGACGACAGCAGCUCCUUCCUCUCUGAGUUAUGGGGCAGCAGCAGCUCCUUCCUCUUGGUGUUUCGGGGUGGCAGCAGCUCCUUCCUCUCUGGGUGUGAAGACGACAGCAGCUCCUUCCUCUCUGGGUGUGAAUUCGACAGCAGCACCUUCCUUCCUCUCUGAGUUAUUGGGCAUAACAGCAGCAGCUCCUUCCUCUCUGGGUGUGAAUUCGACAGCAGCUCCUUCCUCUCUCGGUGUGAAUUCGACAGCAGCUCCUUUCUCUCUGGGUGUGAAUUCGACAGCAGCUCCUUCCGCUCUGGGUGUGAAUUUGACAGCAGCUCCUUCCUCUCUGAGUUAUGGGGCAGCAGCAGCUCCUUCCUCUUGGUGUUUCGGGGUGGCAGCAGCUCCUUCCUCUCUGGGUGUGAAUUCGACAGCAGCUCCUUUCUCUCUGGGUGUGAAUUCGACAGCAGCUCCUUCCUCUCUGGGUGUGAAUUCGACAGCAGCUCCUUUCUCUCUGGUUGCGAAUUCGACAGCAGCACCUCCCUUCCUCUCUGAGUUAUUGGGCAUAACAGCAGCAGCUCCUUCCUCUCUGGGUGUGAAUUCGACAGCAGCUCCUUCCUCUCUGGGUGUGAAUUCGACAGCAGCUCCUUCCUCUCUGGGUGUGAAUUCGACAGCAGCUCCUUUCUCUCUGGGUGUGAAUUCGACAGCAUCUCCUUCCUCUCUGGGUGUGAAUUCGACAGCAGCUCCUUCCUCUCUGGGUGUGAAUUCGACAGCAGCUCCUUCCUCUCUGGGUGUGAAUUCGACAGCAGCUCCUUCCUCUCUGGGUGUGAAUUCGACAGCAGCUUCUUCCUCUCUGGGUGUGAAUUCGACAGCAGCUCCUUCCUCUCUGGGUGUGAUUUCGACAGCAGCUCCUUUCUCUCUGGGUGUGAUUUCGACAGCAGCUCCUUCCUCUCUGGGUGUGAAUUCGACAGCAGCUCCUUCCUCUCUGGGUGUGAAUUCGACAGCAGCUCCUUCCUCUCUGGGUGUGAAUUCGACAGCAUCUCCUUCCUCUCUGGGUGUGAAUUCGACAGCAGCUCCUUUCUCUCUGGGUGUGAAUUCGACAGCAGCUCCUUCCUCUCUGGGUGUGAAGACGACAGCAGCUCCUUACUCUCUUGGUUUCCCUGAAUGACCUGCGUAGGCAUUUGUCAUUGUUGCUGUUGCUGCAGUAUCUCAUUUGUUCCUGUUGCAGUUCCCCAAGCUGCUGUUGUAUUCUUUGACUCUCGUCCAUCUGCUGCAGGUGCAUUUGUGCCCACUGAGCUACUAGUUAUUCAAUUUGCAGGUGAAAUGAAGUGAAUGAUUUGUUUUUACACUUGGAGCCGAGGCAGACUCAUUUUUAGAGUUUAAUCUCUGUCAGGUUAGUGUUUUUGUAAUUGUAAACACUCACAACUGGACAGCUGUUUCAGUAUAAAAUGUUCAAAAUAUCCUUAUUUAUUGAUUACAAACACAUAAAUAGCACCAAGUGGCAGACUUAUUUGGCAUCUCUGCACAGUGCUAGAAUUCCCACAGCAAGUACUGAUAAGUGUCUCUUAAUGUGAUUGUAGCUCACUAAAUAAUUCCACAAUGUGUACCUAUAUUGCACUUCCAUUGGCUACACACAGGUAGUGAAAAAUAAAAUGGAAACCCCUGGGUAAAUGAGGGACACCUCAUUAAGUAUAUUGAAAACAAGGGCUUCCACACAGGUGUGGCUCGUGCGUUAAUUAAGCAAAUAACAUCCCAGCAUGCUUAGGGUCAUGUAUAAAAAUGCUGGACAGGCCUGGUUGUCUAUAAUUAUGGCUAGCAUGACUGCAAGAGACCUCAGUGACUUUGAAAGAGGGGUGAUUGUUGGGGCGCGUUUGGCAGGAGCUUCAGUGACCAAGACAGCUCAACUUGCUGAUGUUUCACGAGCGACGGUGUCUAAGGUGAUGUGGGCAUGGAACUCUGAGGGAAUGACAUCAUCAGCAAAGGGCAACAGUGGGCGGAAGCGCAUACUCCAGGAUCGUGAUAUCCGUGCGUUAAUUCGAAGUGCAAAACAGGCGAGCAACUGCAGAUCAAUUGACUGCAAAUUUCAACCUGGCGUGCCAGCAGCCAGUUUCCUCAAAAACAGUCUGCCGAGAACUCCACAGAGCAAGAUACCAUAGUGGCCCAACACCCUAUAAAUGACUUUACAUUGGUUUUUCCAUUUUUUUGUCCACUACCUGUAGGUCUCUAAUGUGUAGUUUUGACAAACAUGACAGGCAAGAUUCUCAGAUGUUCUUGUUUCAAAUUGUGUCAAUCAAAUGGAUAUGUAUAGAGAUGUUUAAAUUAUUUAGAUUAAGUAUUUGAGAUUAUUAUUAUUAUUAUUAUUAUUAUUAUUAUUAUUAUUAUUAUUAUAUUGUUUGCAAAUUAUCUCAUUGGAUUCCUGAAAUUGUUGGAUAAUUAACCUAACGAGCAUUUAAUUAGAUGCAUCGGGUCUACUCGUUAGGCAGUUCAAAGUUUCAAUAUUGUAAUUGUUUACUAAUUUUAACAACAAAGAAGACAUUUCAUGGAUAUCGUAAAUCACAAUCAAAUUGCAUUACAUGGGCAAUCUGCCCACAGUGGAAAAGCAGAAACGUGUUUUAAACCUGGCCUUUGGCGCCCUCUUAAGGACAAACUCCUCAACUGCAGACAUGAUUGAAAGCAAUUCUUUUCCCUUGGUGUGGUUCCAUUGGAAAUGUAGGGCUCUAUUCACACAACCUUCAAGACUGUUCCAAGCACUGUUCUGUUAAAGACUCUUGAUUUCUUUUUUUAAUGGUUUAAAUGAAGUUAAAUGUAGUUUUUUGAGAGUGGGAGAAAUGCAUUGUUUAUUAUUAAUUUUAUUACAUUUAUUUUGUAUUAUUAUUCAAAGCACUGUUUAGGUCAAUAAUACUUAUAAUCAGGUUUUAAAUUAAAACCAAACAUGAAUUUAAAUAAGCACCAUUUUAAUAACUAUUUUUUAAUGUUUCUGUUUAUCAAUUAACAUUUUUUCCCCAUAUAAUGUUUUGUAAAGUUGUCACUUUCAAUAAAUAUUUUGUUCUGCACCUACUUCUGAAAUAAACAUAAACUAAGUGGACUGUCAACAGCAGCUGCUCUCUGGAAACAUGAAGUGCACAAAAAAGCUUUGGAGAAAAUGUUAAACACACAUAAAAUAUAUUCUACUAUAACAAUGA